CUCUGGUUUAAAACUCCGUACGUCACCUUCAAUCCCCUCCCCUUAGCAACAGAACCAACAUGGCGGCGUCCAGCACCGCGGAGCAUUCUCCAGAGAUAACGGCGCCGCUUAAGAUCCCGAAAACCGAGGUGCCGUCCCCUGAGUCCGAGGAUUUGAGCGACAGCAAUCAAUACCACUCCAAUCCCUCCACCCCAAACCGCUUCUCACCUCUGAACGUGGGCUCCGGGUCUGCGGGCCGGACGGCGGCCUCAUCCUCCUCCAACAGCUUCACGGCGUGUCGGGGGAUGUCGUGGACCCCGUCCGAGACUAACGCCCUCAUCGCGGUGUGGGGCAACGAGCGGCUGACGGAGGCGCGGAUGCAGCAGCUGGAGGUGGCAGGCACCGUCUUCUCUGGUAAGGCCCCCGGUCCUGCCAUGUACGAGCGGGUGUCCAGAGCCUUGUCCGAGCUGGGGUACGAGAGGACCCCGUCCCAGUGCAGGGAGCGGAUGAAGGUAAACCAGGCUGUCAGGACCGACAUCUGACCUUUCCAUGUUACAUCCUCUACUUGCAGGACUUGUACCGGUAACACUGACACUGGGCUGGAGAGGCUGCAGGCUCAUUUCACUGUAGGAUUUUAUAGGCAUGCCUUCUGUCCAGUCACAUUUUCAUAUCCUCUGAGACCCAGGGGGAAAAAGUGUUUUGAUUUUGAAUUUUUUCAGAUAAAUCAAGAGUUGGGGUGGUUAAAAAAACACAUAGCAAAGACUUUUUUGUUUUUAACUAAUUUUAUUUAAAAUCAACAACAUGUGCACCUCAGUACUCAAUAGGAUUUCAUUGAUCGAAUGUCUGACACUUUAACAAAAUCCAUAAACUGAUUAUGAAAAUUGAAAUCUCACCUGAAAUCUUUUUUUAAGUUGUAUAUGAAAACACAUUGAACAUAUUCACAUAAAAACAGUUGACCCAGGACCAACAAGAAAAGUUGGUCCUGGGUCAACUUAGAACUAACUGACUUUCCACUAGACACCGGGCUUUCUAUUUGCCAAAAGUCGCUUCAUUUAUCAUACCUGAGAAAGCACUAGGAUUUUUUUGGGGACACAGAGGGAAAUCUGGCACUUCACACAUCUCACAUAUGUUUCACUGUUGAGCCCAGGUAUUCUGCACCUGAAAGGACUUGGACUGUUGACCAUUUCAGGCCUUUUAGUGAAGACCUGAUCUUGUAGAAACGAUCACAGGUCAUGGAAUCAGCUGUAACUGGGACCCUUGUUUUAGCAGCCCAAUACAUUCUUGGAUAGCCUAGACAUGCCAUGUACACAGAUUUUUAUGAAGGUGUUGAUAAGUCUCCCUCAAUUAUUCUGAAAAGAAUCCUCCCUGCCUCUGUCAAAGACCUGUCCACUAGAAAAAAGUGAAAUAAACUGAAGUACAAAGUCCUGAUGUGCACUAUUAAUAAAUUGGUCAUUUUCCCUGUAAAACUAAAUGAGCUUAGCUCUGAAACUCACUCAGAUUUCUUAUUAGAUGUUUAUAUUGGAAAAUUAAUCCAAAUAUAACAACAACAAAAAAAACAUUUUAAAUAUAAAUAUCAUGGUUACCUUUCUGUUUUUCAUAAAAUGUGUUUGUGGGAAUACCAGCCAUUUUGAAAUACAGGAAAAGAGUAGUUGCCAAGACCACACCCCCAAGCAUGUCAUAGCAUUUUAAAGCUGUGGCUGUCCUCUUUCAGGAACACCAAAGUGUGAUUGUGUGAGCGAAUGAAUGAUGUAUCCAAUGUAAAGCGCUUUGAGGGUCUCUGAUAAAGCGCUAUAUGAAAAACUGAUGCAUUAUUAUCAGGACUUAACAGAGUGGCAUUUAUUGUGUGAGAGAUGCAAGCAAAACCUCAACGUGCCCUACAGUGCUCAUAAGAGAAUUGCUGGGUCUCAGGAGGAUAUGCACUGUACUGCUUUGACACAUUAACAUAUAUUUACGACACUACCAUGGAUGUAGAAUCACAAGUUUGGACCAUACAAGAACAUUUUCUAAUCAUGUUUACACUUAUGACUUGUAGUGUUUGUCCUCACUGUCUCAUUAUUCAGAUAUGAAAACAGGGAAGUUUGGAGGAACACCUAUUAAAGAAACCAGCAUAAGAUAUGCACAUUGCAAAAAAGAGCUGUAAUGAUACUUAAUCAUGUCGGGUUUCAAGAGUAUGGAAGCAAUUGUGACUCAUAUCUCAAAUUCAAAAGCAUUAGCAGAAAUGCUUUUUCAUUUCAAAGUCAUGGCUGCACUGUUUGACUCAAAAAUAAAAAUCAAAAGCAAUAUUCCAAAAUGCAUUUUCAUUUUUUUCUUCAAGACUGCUCAUUUUGUGACUAAAUUAAAAAGCAAAAGCAAACUUAGAAAUGCUUUUCCGUUUUCGUGUUCGCCCCGCAAAAAGUGUCUCAUAAUUCAAUCUGAUUCGCAAUCUCAAGUGGCGCCGGAAAGUGACGUCACGGACCCCACUCGUUCUGGCCCCUUCUGGAUGAUAGGGGCAGUGAAUCCGUGUAUCAUUCGUUCAGUUGAUAUUCAAUGUAAUUAACACAGCCUGUACACCUCGCUUGUUGGUUGUAUUCAAUGUUUGUGUGGACGUCUCCACGACUAUGAUCCACGCUUCAAAUAAGUAGAAACAAAACACUUGGUGUUAACAAAGAUAUAUUACAAAUAUUUCCUUUAAUGUGGAAAAGCGUCCGCUGUCACCACUCGUACUGAUCGCAGUCAGCGUGAACUAUUAGAAGAGCAGAUGACCCUCAUUCCAUAUCUCAUUGGCGAAAAUAGUUAAAAUGGCACAUUGUCAUGUUUAUUCCUACAGGAAGGACGCCCACAAGACACUCUUCACAAGAGCAGCUAUUGCUGCAAUUUUUCAUACUUUUACACUGUAGAAGCACCUGAAAGGGCAUUUUAUAAUGUUUUAUUUACUACAGGAACAUUCAGCAGCGAUAACCCCUAUCCCCCAUCCUGAGGGGGUUGGGGUAAUAAUUAAUGGGCAAAGAUACAAUGGAGGGAAUAUUUGUUUGUACAGGAUGAACUAGUAAAAGAAAAAGACAGGACCAGAUACAUUUUUUUUGCUUCUUUAUGAUCAUUCUUGAUUACUUCAUGCUUGUUUUCUUCAGGUCAGCUAUAUUAUUAGGAGCAAUGGCAAUGAGAUUCUUUUGUAUUUCACAUUUUGUCAUUAAAUUUGGGGUUUUGUUUAAAGCAAAAACAAGUUAAAAUCUUUCUCCUAUUUUCUACUGAGAAAAAAGGGAAAGAAAAUCUCCUAAAUUUGAGUCUGAAACAUUUGAAAUCUAAAAAAGAAAAUAUGUCCAAAACCACCUGACUUUAUAUCUCUCACCUUUAUCAGUCAGCAUUACCCUCCUAACAAAGUUUACAGCAGUUACUAAAACAACAUCUGGUUUAUUCACCCCCCCCAACCCCCUCCUCCAGACUCUGCGGCGCUGCUACAGCCGGGUGAAGGAGCAUGGCAUUGGGAAGAGGAAGAGCAGCUACACCAUCGAGCAGCUGGAGAAAGUGUUCGGUCAGGGAGGCUGGGACUCCCAGAGCUGUGCCCCCGUUCUCAUAAACAGCAGCGGGCUCUAUCAAGAGAUGGAGUCUGAUGGCAGCACGCUGGAGGACUUCUCUCAGGAGGACUGGUGCAACCAGGUGCUGGAUUCAGCCUUCCAAGAGGGGGACAUGGAGACUGGUGAGUUCAUGGGCCUUCACUGAAUACAGGGCAGUGAAAGACACAGGAAUGAACAGGUUUGACCUAAUGCCUGGGUUUGUUUUUCUGCUAGAAGAUAUCCAGUUGCCUAAACACAGAGUGCUGCAGAUGCAGGCUGAGCUGACCGAACAGACACAGUAAGUUAUCCAGAACAACUGACCAAGUAAUCUUCACAUUAUUAAGACUGUGACAAAUAAGAACAAAAUAUUCUGUUGCUUAUUUAUUCAUAACAUUGUUGAUACUCAUCGAAUAAUUAUCUUGUUUCCUCUGUAACUUUAGGCUCUUCAAUAACCUGCAUGACAAGAGGACAGUAAAGCAAAUCAAUCUGAGCAGCUGUGAACUGUAAUUUCAGGAAAUUUGUAGGAGUUUUGUGCUUGUCUGAAAGGGACUUUCAUGAUGCGCUACCCCCAACAUCUUUUGCCACUGAUGUCAGUUGUGUGCUGUACAAAGAAAGUCUUUGCUGCUGCUCUCCCUUCCUCAGGACUUUACAUUUAGAGGGGCAGGGAUCUCUCAGAACUAAGCCACGCCACCAAAUACGAAUAAUUUUCAAAAAGUGUUCCUGGCUGAAAUUGGGAAUGUCAACGUUACUUCUUAAAAAUCUUUAUUACAGCCCCUCUGCAGUUAUCAGUGUUUAAGCUGUAUGAAGGUGUAUUAGCCAAUCUUGAAAAUGCAACAGAUAGAGUAAUAAGCCACAUUUCCCCCUAAAACCAGGUAGCAAAGGUGCCACUGAUUCUCUUUUUGAAUGUGAAUGUUGUUAAAGUAUGUAAUUAUCAUGUGACUUGUGUCCUUUACAGAAAAAGGGACAUGAUGCAGACUGUGGUGCAGAUCCUGGAGUCGGUGCAGCUGAAAUGGGAGCAUUUCCAGACAUGGACUGAAUUCUCUCGGCUGCAUCUCUCAAACAAACUGGCCAUUUUUGGUGUGGGCUAUAACACGCGCUGGCGAGAGGAUGUGCGGUACCACUACGCUGAGAUCAGCUCGCAGGUUCCUUUGGGAAAGAGACUCCGUGAGUACUUCAAUCCAGAGAAACCUGAGGGCCGCAUCAUCAUGACCAAGGUCCAGAAGAUGAACUGGAAAAACGUUUACUACAAGUUCCUGGACAUCACCAUCAGUGAGGCACGCUGCCUGGAGCUUCAUAUGGAGGUGGACUGGAUUCCUGUGUCCCUGUCCAAGGCCACAGGCUGCAUCAAAGGGACAUUUCACUACCUCCUCCCUGGGGACAUCCCAAAGACAUACGGACUCUAUGCUAUUGGCUACAAGAAACAGGAAGACGGCACUCAGACACCCACUCAGAGUGAUGGUGGAGAAUUUCAAUUACCUCAGGGCAAGUCAGAAAAUGGAGUGCAGUGUUCGGCUGAUGGGGACACUGCGGGUAGAGGGGACAGAACUGGAGCUACGGUCACUUAUUGUUACCUGGGGAUAGCGGAGGACAGGACCAUUCAACAGUGUGUCUUCCAGCAAUUUCAGGGCUCUAGUAAACUCUACAUCCACGGUGAACCCUCAGCUGUGACCUGUUUCCUGCAGGAGAACUGCAGCAUGAGUCGAGACGGUGAAGAAGGUGACGAGUCAUCUCAACGUUUCGCUAUAUACAUCAAAUUCAUCGAGGUGGAGCUGGACUUCCUCUCUGCAGGCUCCCUGGUGGAGUGUCUGGAGACUGCUGUCGGAUAUCCUUUGAAAUACAACAACAAAGAAUCACUGUAAACUGCACUGAGUGUUAAGAUUUUUACUGAGGUAUAUGUGUGACAGCCAGAGAGCAACAUGUGAGAUGAUAAACUCUGUCUGCUGCAUGGAUGGAUGUCUGUCACUGCUCGAGCCUUUUCAGCUCUGUUGAACUGAAUCAUCAUGUGAUCCUUAAUGAGACUUCAAUGAAUGACUUUGCACUGUAUGGUGAAUGUAUCGUGCAGAAUUAUGGAAAUGGUAGCUAAGUAUCACAGAGCUGCGACCCCUCAGAAGUAUGUAUUAUUAUUUUCAGCUAAUGUGCACUACAAAGGUUUCUGCUGCUUGUUUGGUGUAGAUUAAUGUUUCCUCAUCGGGGAGUGUUAGGGUUGGAAAGGAGACUACUGCAGUAUGCAUCUGUCUACCUCAGUAGGAUUUAGCAAACAGGGCAGUGAGGGGACCAUAGUGUGUGUUUUAUUCUGACACUGCCUUUUACUUUGACUGUUGAGGUCUGGACCUGAAUCCACAAAGUAAUGAAGAGUUAUGGCUCGGUCAUGCCUUAUGGUCUGAAAGAGUAACUAUCCUGCAGCUGGAGAUGCUUCAAUGAAAAGGUGGGCAAGAAUAUCAUUUUUGUGUCUGUUAAGGCAGAAUCACAGUCGAGAUUUUAUCACCAUUUGUAAGACUAUUCUAUGAAUUCCCAACAAUUCCAUUCAAACCAAUUCCCUUAUUUAUUCCCUUAUCUGGAGGUAUGCGGUCGGCUUAGGCUUGACUCAGGGAACCGGACACCCCUGUCAUGCAUAGUCCCCUGUAGGGCUGCAACGAUUAGUCGACAUAAUCGAUUAUGUCGACACGACAAAUUCAUCGACACGAAAACGAAGCGUUGACGCGUCGUGUUAUUGUUGUUAAGAAUCACAUGCCAGCGCCUCAUGCUCAUCUAUAACUGCAGUGCACUACAGGAUGUGCUGGGGGCAGUAGCGCUCGCUGUUUACAUCCCGUGAGCAAACACAGAAGAAGAGUGCACACAUUAUGGCAGAACAAACGGAAAAAGACGCUCCAAAACUCCGACCCAAAACUUCAAAAGUUUGGGAACAUUUUACAGAGAACAAACCAAAAAAACACGUUGAUCAAAGAUCAGCUUUCCUACCAUGGCAGCACCACAGCGCUGCAUGAGCACCUGAAACGCCGAUACCCCGGAAAUAGGUGUUUAUAAAUAAAGAAGAUAGUGAUUAAUCGGACGACUAGUCGAUAGAUUAGUCGACAAAAAAAAUUAUCGUUAGUUGCAGCACUAGUCCCCUGAGAUGUCCGCCACUUGUUAACAAGGCGACUCUCAUGGCUAAUUGGGCUCGGGACGCAAGCUGAGGUCUGAUCACCCUGCAGCUGGUCGCCUCUGGUGAGGGUGUAUGGUGUCAAAGGCUGAAACACCCCAUGAGCCAGUGGAACACUACUGAUGAUUCAUCCCGUAAAUUCAAUUCUUCCUGCAAAUCUCCUUCAAGUCUACCAUCCACCAUUCACCAACAAGUCCACGAGUUAUUUGCAUGUGCUUGCACAGGAUAUCAACAUCUCUUCCUGUGUUUUAUGGAAUUUAACAAUCAUGGUUAAGUAUUAAUGCAGGUUAAAUGUGCUCUGAAAGUUUGAUUGUCUCUCUUUGAAAUCACAGCUAUGGCCAAAAACUUGUCAACCUCUAUCUUUGAGAGUGCCGACACAUGCAGUGUAAGCUUAUGGCAGCAUCUCUUUUGUCCCCUUGAAAGUGGAUAGCUUUGGAACUGAAGUUGAGAGAAGUUUCACUUUUUGUUAAGUUAAACACCAACUGCAACCACUGCAUUGCAGGUUUUAAACCUCAUAAAUUGAGUCCCAAAAUUAGGGGUGUCCCAAUACAACUUUUUGACUUCUGAUACGAUACCAAGAUUGUAGCCUUUUGGCCGAUACCGAUAUUGAUCUGAUAUUGGCACAAAAUUAUGCAUGACAAGUUUUGCACUCAGCUGCAACGUUUUUUAUAGACUUCAACAAAAAAUACUGCCACAAGGCCAACAUCACUCCUACUCCUUGCUACUUUGUCAGUACCUUAGUACACACUGUUACUGUAAUUUUGUGGGCUCUGCAUGCUGGAUCUGGAUCUCUUUUAUCCUAUCCUAUUCCUAUCCAAAAUGACCGGUCAGUGUUCAAUGGUCACAAGAUUUUAGCCAAGAGCUUAGUUGUCCACUGUGUUCUCAAAAUUUGCAGGACUACUUGUUAAUUAUUCUCUGUAUAAAGUGGUUCCGUGCUAAAAGAAAAUCAAAAUUUCUCCCAUGCCUUUCUCCAGAGGGCACAUAAUGUCAGGUUAGGCUGCAACUGAACUGCCAUUAGCUUGUUUUAGGGUCACGCAGUUGGUUAGCUUGAAAUCAACUCAGUGUCCCCUCGUGCUUUUGAUGAGGCUGCAAGCUGAACUGCUGGUAACCAGAGCUUGCACCAUUAGCCUUUGGUUCUACUUGCAGAUUAACAUCCAUUUACAUGGCUACACAUUGCUCUUUUGCAGGGGUUAUACUCUACUGCGGUUAUUUAACCAGAAAACAGCCAACAUUCACCUUUUUUUCUAGAUGAACAACCGCCAAACCGUGCCAUGCUUCGUGCUGCCAUUGCUCCUCUGCUUGUUUACAGCUGAGAGAUGACUAAGACUACUAUCAAACUAGUGGUUUGUCAUACAAGUAAUUCUGGUGACAGCCAGGGAGGAUUUCAAUGCUUGUUAAGUCAGCUUAACACAUGUUCCUCUAUUGAACAGCCUAGACUGACUGACUGACUAAGCAACUGCCUUUUUCUGCCACAGUGGCGAGGAUUUUUUAUUCCCUUCAUUCUCUUUUCUUAUGUUGUGCCAUGGUAUUCCCCCGAAAAGAGAAAUCAGUAAAUCUAAAGUGGAGUAACCUAGUAUGUCAGCGCGCACCAGUGGCUGUUUUGGCGCAUCUCUAGCUGCAGCAGUGGGGUUGUUGUGGGUCUGAGAAGCAGUGUGAAAGAGUGACCAGCUCCUCUUAAUACAGUAUAGUAGUAUUUUAAUGCUCCAGUCUUGUAGAUAACACAUAUUCAUGCCAAUAACUUAUGUACUAACGGGUGUAAACAAUGAGCACUGUUCUAUGACUUGUAACAUUCAAACUAAAAUGCUGCAGAGCUGACCUCAUCUGACUAACAAUCUGUCUGACUUCUUGAACUUGAUUCCCGAAGUUAUGUGCAUUGUGCCACAGAAGCGCAAAGAAGAAUCAAUUGAUGAAUGGGUCCAUACUGAGUACAUGUAUUGAAAAUCUACCUUAUAUAUACUUAUAUAUGUAUAAAUAUAUAUAUAUGUAUAUAUAUAUAUAUAUAUAUAUAUAUAUAUAUAUAUAUAUAUAUAUAUAUAUAUAUAUAUACAUAUAUAUAUAUAUACAUACAUACAUACAUACAUACAUACAUACAUAUACAUAUAUAUAUACAUAUAUAUAUACAUAUAUAUAGAAGAAUAUCGAUGUUCUCAAGCAUUCCGGCUUUUGCAAACUUGCAAUGUUCAUCUGUUUGGGUAAACAGUAUAAAGAUAAAUAUAGUAUUUUAUAUUUUAUUGGUUGAAACCUUGUCUUGUACGUGAUUGUUUAAGAGUCACUGUCUUGUAUGUUUACAUGUUCAAAAACAAUAAAUAAGAGCUCAAGGUCAUUUGCCAAGCAGUGGUAAUGGGUUUUUGUCACAUAUUGCUCUGCUUUAAGGACAAUACAGAGAGCUGAAGAGCUGCAAAAAAGGGAAACCAUUUACCAGAGCAGUUUAUGUUCAUAUUUACUUCUUUUAGUUGUUAUUUAUGUGAGUUGAUUAGGACUCCUGUGUGGGUUGUGUCAACUUUGGCAUCCUCUGUUUGGUGCCAGUUUGGCACCACCAAAGGGUCAUUUUCUGUAUUUGCUGACCUUGUACAUGCAAAAGGCAAGACCCAGAGUAAGAGGGUUAAUAACACUGACCAUUGAUUAAACAACAGAAUUAACACCCCACACCCCCCUGCGUGAUAAAUAAUAGGCGCCAAAAAGAGCUAAUCUUGUGCUGCUUCCGAUAUCUGAUGCUUCAAAUAUUAACUUUUCUUCUACCCCUUGUAUAUCUGGAGUGUAAGAAGAAUAUUUGUACUACUUUUAUAGCCUUCCUUUUCCCUCCCUACCUUACAACAGGAUGUGUUUGGUGAGCCAGAGACUGCUGAUUCAGGACCGCGUUUAAAGGACUCUGGUGCUAUCGUUGAUAACUUCAGAGAUAUUGAAAUUGCACUUGUAACCCAGGUGAUCCUGAGCAGUUUGCUCCACCUUUAUGCCCACACAUUAGUUUGUUUCUUGCGGUAUCUCACAAUAUCACUUCAAGUCAGUGUUGAGUGUUUAGUGACGUCAUGUCAAAAACAAAGCAGCACAAUAACAUGCACAAACACAAUAUUAUAACCAUUAUUAUUGCCAGGGUUUAACUGUGUGGAUUUAGAUUACAGAUACUUAAUUAAAUGAGAUCACCACGCAUUACAUUAGAUGGUUUCAACUCAGAUUCUGAUCUUGCUAGUGCUUUUAAGUGUUUUUACUGUCAGUUUUGAUGCCUUUGAUUUUAGCUAAGAAGUUCAGGAACUGAGAUAUAAACUUAAGGACACUCAGCACUUCAACAUUGACCUUCAGGAUGUCAAAAAGGCCUUCUGCUCUGUAAAAACUAACAAAAGCCAUGGCCCCGACAAUAUCUGUGGUCGUUAAGUGAAAUCUUGUGCUACUGAACUGAGUCCUGUGUUCCAUUAUAUCUAUAAUACAUUGACCAAACUAUAAUGACCAUGUUUUAUCGUGCUUUCAUUGAAUCUAUUUUAUCAUUUUCCUUGGUGUCAUGGUUUGGUCACACAUCCUUGAAGGCGAGAAACGCCUUAAACCAAAUAGUUAAAUGGUCUUCUCGACUGAUUGGUGAGUCACAGCUUUUUCCGGCAUCCCUGUACACCAAACAGUUACAGCGGAUAGCUUUCUCUAUUCUAAAAGACGACUCCCACCCUUUACACAGCGAGUUCCAGCUUCUUCCCUCUGGGCGGAGGUUUCUAGUCCCCAAAUGCAGAACUAAACGUUACAGAAACAGCUUUGUUCCUGCUGCUAUUAUUGAAGUAAACAAGUUGUAGAGAUUUUGCACAUAAUUUUGCACAAUAAGCACAUACUGCAGAGGUAUUAUUUACUUACUUAUUUAUGUUGGUUUUAGACUUGUUUUUACCUUGGUUUGUAUCCAGAGGUUGUUUAUUUGGGUUAUUUAUUUGCACUUGUUUAUGUAUAGACAUUUUUCUCCCUCUCUUGUGUCCUGACUGAGGAGCCGUGGGGUGCUUUUAUCAUGUGUUCUGUUUUGUGGUUGUUUUAUAUUUGUACUGUAACUUGUGUAAAUGGACAUCAUCACUUUAUUCCACUGCAGAACAAAUCUACCUUCGGGUAUUAAUAAAGUAACCUGAACCUGAAC